AUGGACGGCCUGAGAGACCACGUUUAUUAUCUCGUCACGAUCAUUGGGGCUGGCAUCUCUGGGAUUGCCAUGUCCUGCCGUCUAAAGGAAGCACUGGGAUUGAGUAAUUUUGCUAUUAUUGAGAAGCAAAGCCAGAUUGGUGGUACAUGGUGGAUUCAUAAAUAUCCUGGAGUUGCCUGUGAUGUGCCAGCAAAUCUGUAUUCGUUUUCGUUCGCACCGAAUCCUCUCUGGACAACCAUAAGGCCCUCUGGAAAAGAAAUCAGGGAUUAUCUAGUGGCUGUAUGUGAGAGAUAUCAGAUCACAGACAACAUCAGAUUAAAUACUCAGUUGCUAGAGGCUCGCUGGGUAGACAACGCGCAGGAAUGGGAAUUAGUCGUGGCCAAACUAGCAACUGACAUAGCUGAUCUCAAGGCAGAGAAUGAUCAAAAAAAGGGGUCUCUGAGAGGCCAGAGCUCAGCUAUAGUGAAAACAUAUAAAAUCAGGACAAAAGUGCUGAUCAGUGCGACUGGAAAUAUGGCAGAACCAUGCUACGCGCCAUCUGACCUGCCGAGCCUAGAGGAAUUCGAAGGUGAUCUGAUACACACUGCGCACUGGGAUGACCAGGUGGAUCUCAGAGACAAAAACGUCGCUGUUAUUGGCACCGGAUGCAGCGCGGCACAACUUAUUCCUCAAUUGGUCAAGCCUCCCAUAAACGUGAAAUACGUCACUCAAGUUAUGCGAUCAGCACCUUGGGUUGCUCCAGAGACCAUUACAGGGAAAAUGAAGUGGGCCUGGGAGAAAUUCAUGCCGUGGCUUAUGCGGUAUAUUCCUGGCUUAUCUUCGCUCAUUCGCCUGACGGUGUUCCUAGCCGCCGAAGCUGACUACCUCACAGUAUUUAGCAACUGUGGUUUGCUACGACAGAACUACGAAAGGAGUUUGUUAAAGUAUAUGCGCAAAACAGUUCCAGGCCAGUACCACACGUUACUUUCACCAGACUAUCAUGUCGGCUGCAAACGUCGUAUUUUCGAUGUUGAGUGGUUCAAAAGUCUGCAAGAUUCUAGAGUCCAGCUGACGAUGCGGCCAGUGAGGAGAGUUGAGCAGAAGUCAAUCACUCUUGGGCCAUCGCCGCACAACGUAGAUGACCGCGAAAAAGCUAAAAGGGAGGUCAAGAUUGACGUAGACGUUAUUAUCCUGGCUACUGGUUUUAGGAGGGCUUCCUGGCUCCAGGAUGUCUCUGUCAAAGGACGAGACGGCAAAUUGUUACAUGAGCUGUGGGCUGAAAAGGGAGGACCGCAAGCGUAUCUCGGUCUGGCGGUGAACACUUUUCCAAACCUUUUCAUCCUCUUUGGUCCUAACACAAGCAAUGGCCAUACCAGCAUCAUAAUGGCCAUUGAGAACGCGGUCGAAUAUUGCCUUAAGCUCAUAAAAUGCAUUCUGCAUGGAACGGCAAGCUCGGUUGAAGUGACUGAGGAAGCAGCGAGUAGAUGGACGGAAGACAUACAGCGAGGGUUACAACGUACUGUUUGGCAGACAGGAGGCUGCACAAGCUGGUACACUACCAAAGACGGCUGGAAUGCCUCUAUGUACCCGUGA